UUCCGUUGAGAAAGUGUGGUGGAUAGCAGAUUAUGGCAAGGGGGGAUGAACAUGGAGAAGAGAGAGAGCAGGCAAGGUCAGGUUGCUGUGAACCAAGGACAGUGGUGUAUCAGGUUAUCCACGAAGGUAAUCCGAAUUGCGUUGUAAAAAGAAUCGGACUGCAUCUGAUAACCUUGUGGGAGUUCAGGUUGUGAAUGUCUGACCACCGGAAGAGGGAGGAGGGAGGAGGGAUCCCGUUGAUAAAAAGGAUGGCAAAGCAGGGAGGAGGAGGGAUCGCCGCAGUGCUGGAAGCGGUUUUCCCGCUGUGGGAGGAUCGUCGUCGUGGCUGUCAGCGGAGGAGGAAAUGUAACGCCAUUGCGUCAUCGUCAUUGUCGCUUACGGGCCAAGAUAGCAGGUGUUCUGCCUCUCCUCUUUGUCCACAAGAUGAGCAAGUACGAGUGGAUACUAAAGACCGCUGCGAUGUGGUCACUUCACAUGGACUCGCCACGUCAUCAGCCGAGAGGUCGAGGGCAGAAGGGUCCGGGGGAGGAGUGGAAGGAGGGAGAAAAGGAGGGGGAGGGGUAGGAAUCGGAAUCGGAGAAUGGUGGUGGGGCAGCUAUGGUGGUGAGGGUCUGGAGAAACGGCGACAAGAUGGCGGCAUGUACUGUCAGGGGGAGAGAGGCGCAGGGGGUACUAAAGCGAGGGGAAAAGUGAAUGAUAAGUGGAGGUGGAGAUGGUGGUUGGAGAAUGGCAAUCGAGGUGUUCAGACAGUGAGAAGAGGUAACCCCCCUGCAUCCCCUGGGCAUAAUGGCUGUGAUGUUGCCUGUGUUCGCAACCGAGAGGAAGGGGUGGAGAGUGUGGGGGCAGGAGGGGGGAGGAGAGUAUUAUGGCGUGCUGUCACACGAGCCCUUAGGCAAGCUGUUCCAGAUUCUGUCUGCUCUGAUGCCAUGGUUUCUGAAGGGUCAUCACCAGAGUUGCUCGGUUCAGCGAUGUCGAAAAAAGGGAGAAAAAGAGAGGACGAUCCCAAGGAUGACCACGAUUGUGGAUGGGGCAGGUUUGGUGGGAGCCGCAACGACACGGAUCACGACUCUGUUGUCGCGACGAAAGCGAAUGUAGGAAUUGCGGCGUGGCGCACAGCGGCGUGGGCAUCGAUUGUAGUGGCCUCAAACCCGGCCUUUUCAGCAUGUGUGGAUGUAAGCGGUCGUGACCCCGAUCUUGGUAUGACCCGCCCUGCUGAGGUUGAUGAGGAUGGACUUCCGCUACCUUCCUCGUCGCUGUCGCUGAUGACGAGAAAGGGAGCAGGAGAUGGAGGGGGAGGUGGAGGAGGGAGGUCGCCGAGACGAAGUGGGGAAGCGGGAGGUGAAACGAAUAACCGGUUGGCGGAUGGCACGAUCUCUGAGGGUGACGCAGUCCAUUUGAGGAGACGGUUGCGGACGCAAGUUGUCGACGGAUUGGAGGGGAGUAUGCAACCUUACAUUGGCUAUGGGGAUGGUGGGGGCAAGGAACAGGAGGAUAUGGUGGCCAUAAGGAAGACGCUGCCAUCUUGUGAAGAGAAGUUGGUCCUUGGGAUCACGGCAGGUUCCUCUGCGUUGGGUCGGAGAAGGGAAGGGGUGGAGGACGAAGAGGUAGAGGAGGAUGAGGAGGGGGAGGAUGACACUGCGGAGGGAAGGGGCCCCUCGUCAGGGCUGCGCAUGCCAUGGUUUGCGCCAGAUGGUCCUGCGCAGCGACGGCAAAGCUUUUCAACAUCCAUGUCCCUAUCGGAACUGGUUGCCGGGAAUCGGAGGACCCUACCCUUGUGGGAGCGCAAUGGAAGGAGGUGGCGACAGUAUGUCUGGGAUGGCAGGAAGCUACAGACUGUCGAUGUUGACGUCAAUUCCAAGACGGAGACAGAGAGGGAGGACGAGGUUGGGGACGAGAUGGACGAGGAGCGGCAACAGUCAAAAAGAGCUGGCAGUAACGCGUUGCUCUUGGCUCUGCAGAGCCGCCUGCGAAGGGCUAGGAGGGGCGUGCAGAGUGUCUUUGUCCCUGAGGAUGUCACUCCCGAUUAUUGGGAGUACAUGAGGUGGAGGAUCACGCAAAGAACGAUCAGCUCUUUCAAUCAUGUCAAUGCCACACAGUCUCUGUUGAGAGCUGUAGGUGUCGGUAGUAAGAAGAUAUUGCCGACUGCGGCGGCUGUGAAUUGGGUUUUGAAAGACGGGCUGGGGCGCUUAGGAAAGCUCGCUUAUGUAGCACGGUUCGGUCGAACACUGGACUCUGAGCUGAAAAGAGUGCGGUUUACCACCUCCCUUCUCUUCACUCUCAGCCUGGGAAUGGAAAUGACCACACCAUUCUUCCCCCAACUCUUUCUCCCGAUCGCGACCCUUGCUAACGUUGGCAAGUCCAUCGGAUUAGCUGCAUACGUUGCGACCACCCCUUCGAUGAACAAGAGCUUCGCGUUGAUGGAGAACAUGGCGGACGUGGCGGCCAAAGGCCAGGCGCAAACGGUUGUAGCGGACAAUGUGGGUCUUGCUCUGGCAGUGGGGUUGAAUGCAGCUAUCAAGGACGAUAAUCUGCGCAGGAUCAUGCCCCUCACUCUCUACCCUGUGCUCGCAUCAUUGGACCUUUACGCGAUAUGGAAAGAACUGAAAUCUGUGCAUCUGAGGACGCUCAACAGGGAGAGGAUGGAGAUCAUCGUGGACAAGUGGUUGAAGUCCAGGGAGGUGCCCAGCGCGGACCGCGUGAGUGAUCGUGAACAGCUGUUCUGUCCAAGUUGGAAUCAUUUUCCAGAUCUGCCUCUCACGAUCGGCGGGCUCAGCAAGGCUGUGUCUAGUCCGUCGGAUCUUUGCAAUCUGCUCUUGUCCACCGACCCUCUCAGAAGCAGUCGAAGAUACAACCUGUCGAUGGCAGACGUAUCUGGACUUGCGGCUGUUGUCAAUCCACUGGCAUGGAUCUGUCAUGCGGGGAAGAGGAGGGUGCGUGCACCUCGCAAGCAGCUCGUCCUCUCAUUCCGAGACGACGCGGAAGCCACGGACAUCAUUAAGGGAAUUUUGCAUGCUGGUUGUUUGCGCUCUCUUCUGCGGCCUGCCUAUGACCAAGGAGGAGACGGAGGGGGAAGCGCGAACUGUGCCCUCUCCUCUUCUCCGUCGUCGGAUUCUUCUCCUUCUGCUGCUUCUGUUCGUCAGCGAGUCCGGGAAGAAUCAGCUCACACUCGUGCGGCGAGAGAAGGGGGAUGGGUGCAGAGCCGUCCUGCGAGAGGGUCAGAUAAGGACAACAUGCAUGAAUCUGGAUGCGAUAACCUGCCGGGCUACAGCACCAGCAGCUCACAAGAAGAGAAGGGUGGUGGGGACGGGCGGCCGGGGGAUUGGGCUCUUUCUCCUGGAAGCAGAUCGAUUGAUCAGGCCCUGGAGGAGAGUAGGAGGAUGGCAGAGAGGGAAUUCGAGCCAUUGAUGUCGGCAAUGGCGGAAAAGGGUUGGCAGACAAAGAUUGUGACUCUGGCAUCUGCUGAAAGAACCACGUUUAGUCUAGUUCGUGGUGGACACGAAAAAAUGGUGAAAAAGCCACGCCACCACUCUCCCAGAGUUCUCCGGUCGGUCUCUUGAUUUCUCUUCUGUCUCUGACAAUGGCUGUGUUCCACGGGAUGCGGAGUGGAUGCCACGUGUGAGAACAAAGCGAGGCCACACUCACAGCGAGUUCUUCUGUCGAUCUCUUGAUUGCCGUGGUCUCUGAAAACGAUCACUGUGUGUUCCGGGGAAGAGGAGAGUGCAUGUCGUGUGUGUGACGAAAGCUGUGCACGUCACGCAGAACUCUUUGAUCAUCGUUGUCAUCGCUGACGACGGCUGUGUUCCGUCCGAGAGAAAGGACUGAGUGCCUUGUGUGCAAAGAAACCUGCGCCAGUCACGCAGAGUCCUUCCUUCACCGGCCUCAUGAUUGUCGAUCUCUGUGACGACGACGACGACGACGACUGUGUUCCAAGGAGAGGAGCGGAUGCCAUGCGUUUGGAAGGGAGAAACGUGCAUGCCAUCCUCUCCGCCAUGACAAGAAGCUUGUGGCUAUGGCUUCUUGUGGGUGAACCACUUUUCUCGUCUGGUUUGCCGCCGGCAUAACAGAAGGAGCAGCCAUGCCAAUCACCUAUAAGACUAUUGAGAGUAUUGGGGAUUGGCGGUGCUAAGCAAAUGCUGCUUGACAGUGCUAAGAGGUGACAGUUCUAAGCAAUCGCUGCUUGGCUGUGCUAAGCGGUCAUAGUGCUAAGCAAUCCUCCGCUUAGACUGUGCUAAGCGGUCAUGGUGGUGAGCGCCCAUACUGCUAAGCAAUCCUGCGCUUAGCACAGUCUAGCGCAGUCUAAGCACAAGCAAUUGCACAGCGCGCUUAGACCGUGAGAAGUGGUCAUAUCGCUAGGCAAUUUCUGCUUGGUAGUGCUGAGCAAUCCUCCGCUUGAAUGUGCUGAGCAGCGGUCAGAGUGCGAAGCUAUUUCUGUACUUGUAUGGCAGUGCUGCGCAAUCCUGCGCUUGACUGUGCUAUCCCGCUUGGCAGCGCUGACCAAUUCUCUGCGUGAAUGUCCGAAGUGGUCAUAGUGCCGUGCACAUCCUGCUUGACAGUGCUAAUCAAUCCUCUGCUUGACUGUGCUAAGCUGUCAGAGUGCUAAGCGGUUCUCUGCUUGACUGUGCUAAGCGGUCAUAGUGCUAAGUUGCUAACACUGCUAAGGAAUUUCCUAUUGACAGUGCUGAGCAAUCCUUUGCUUCACUGUGCUAAGCGGACAUAGUGCUAAGCAAUCCUCUGCUUCACUGUGCUAAAAAAAGUGGUCAUAGCGGUAAGCAAUCCUCUGCUUUGAGUGUGCUAAGCCGUCAUAGUGCUAAGCGAUUCUCUGCUCGACUGUGCUAAGCCGUCAUAGUGCUAAGGAAUAGCUGCUAAGUUAUUUCCUGUCGACAGUGCUAACAAGCAAUUCCUGCUUCACUGUGCUAAGUGGACAUAGUGCUAAGCAAUCCUUUGCUUGACUGUGCUAUGUGGGCAUAGGUCUAAGCAAUCCUUGGCUUGACUGUGCUAAGCGGUCAUAGUGAGCUGCUUAGCCUGUUGGCUGUGCUAAGGAAUAGCUGCUGGGCAGUGUUAAGCAAUCUUUCUCGCUUUCAGGAGUUGACUUGAGACUCGAGAGGCGUAGAUUGUUCCUGCUUGGCAGUUUUUUUGGUCUAUAAUAAUGCUUCCUUCAUGGCCGCGACAGGGCGGAGAUGAACAGUGUUUAUAGGCCAGGCAGUGCAGUGCACUCGGCGGUAUGGUUAUCAGCUGAUCGCCGACUUGUCGGUCAGCUGAUCGCCGACUUGUCGGUCGACCAAUUCAUUCCGCACAGGCUGUGACAGUGGGUGGGUCCCACAACAAAUUACUCGAAGGAAG